GAAGAAGGAAUGUUGGGAAAUGGAUUCAAGAAACCGUUAGUUAAAGAGAAAAGAAUACCUAUGAAGCAUAUUAUGGAGAAUAAAUAUUUAGAAGACAGUAAUGUACACGAAGUUGACAGCUCUAAUUGUAUUUCUGAAGAUUCUGCAUUAAACCCGGAUAUUAAUAAUAUACAACCAGCUGAUAAGGAAAACAAUGUACGACGAAGUCAAAAAAGAACAUUAGAUCUCCAGUGUGGAGAUGAAAAUCAUAAAAGGUCUAGGGAUGAAAUAGCAAUCAAUGAUACACAAUUCACACAAAUUCCUACUAUCAAUAAUAUCGAAAAAGAUACGCCAGAAAGCCCUUUGAUUUUCACACCAAAUAAACCGAUAAUUUCCAAACAUAUGUAUGAUCAGUAUUCGUCGGCAUACAUUAUUUGUGCAUUUCAUUCCACCAUCAAUUAUAUCAAGAAAUCAGUUAGCGUCAAUGAUUAUCAAGAAAUCAAACAAUUAAUAGGAAAGACUGAAAAUUUAAUUUUAGAUAACAGUAUUGUAAAGAAGUUGGAAUCCAUAUUUGAUGCAGAUCCUAGUGUCAUUGAAUCAAAAAUAAUAUCGGAAACAACAACACACUAUAGCGAUCAAUCAGAAACCGGAAGAUUUCUUUUUUUUAUUAAACAUUCUUUGUUAGCCUUUACGUCGAAUUUCGAAUAUAGAAAUCCAAAAAUUUUUGAUCGUGAAAUCUCUGAGCGAACAUUUAUUGUAGAAUGUUUGUCUCCGAUAUUCAAGUCAUUCAGAAAUGCAUUUCCGGAAGUCAAGUACGAUUGGAUUGAAAAAGAAGUGGAUUCAAUUAAGAUUGCCAAUAAAAUGUUUAUGACGCAAGCUAGAUUAAGAAAGACUGGCCUUCUUGUCACCCAUUUGGUAGAUGGCAAAGAGAUUGUGGAUGUUGAGGUUUCCGGUCCACCUUAUAAUCCACAAGAAUCACAUACAGUAGGAGAUAUAAAAAAAUUGUUGAUGAUGGCAGUCUGUAAUUUGUGCUGCAUAUUUGGAAAUGAUCUUAAUUGCAAGAUUGAAGAUGCAAAAAAAAUCAAAUCAUUUAGUAUACAAGUAAUUGGGGAUAGAUUAACACUUUUUUCGGUUUCACUAUUUGAUAGAAGGAAAUAUUUGGCUGUGGAACUUGCAUCUUGCAUAAUUCCAUUUUCUUUAGAUUCGAUAGUGUACUUUUUGAAAAUCUUUAAUUUUUUUCAAAUUCUAAAAAAUGAAAUCUUUGAACAAAAGGAGUUUAGGAAAAAAAUUAUGAUCAAUACACCAGAAGAAGACAAAAUGAAAGUACAAGAUUGGUUACAUUUUCCAGAUCCUAGUUUAAAGCCAUUGCCGGAUUUUUUAGAUGCUAUCACCAUUUAA